UGUAUUUAAUUUAACCAGUCUCUAAACAGUGUGUAGUCCAUUCCAAUUGAAAAUGAAACCCUAAAUUGAAGCUCCGUUUGUUCCUCUCCAUCAUCGCUCAAAUGUCAUUCUUAAGGUUCACCUUUCGAUCUUCUUCUUCUUCUUCUUCUUCCAUUUCUUACUUAAGGCGAUUUUACUCUCACUCUCCAUUUCAUGUUAAUAAUGAUGUUGAUAAUGCUGUUUCUUCAUUCCAUAGCAUGCUUCGUAUGAAUCCAACCCCAUCCAUUGUCGAAUUUUGCAAGAUUUUAACUUCCCUUUUUAAGAUGAAACAUUAUCCCACUGCUAUUUCCCUUUCUAACCAAUUACAAUUCAAUGGAAUUAUGCCUGAUAUUGUUACUUUCAAUAUAUUGAUCAAUUGUUACUGCCACCUUCGUCAAAUGUCUUUUGCCUUUUCUCUAUUGGCUAAGAUUCUCAAGUUGGGUUAUCAGCCUGAUGUCAUAACUUUAACGACUCUUAUCAAAGGUUUGUGUUUUAACGGUAAGGUGAAGGAAGCACUGCAUUUUCACGACCAUGUGGAUGCACAUGGAUUUCACCUCGACCAUGUUAGCUACGGGACCUUGAUCAAUGGAUUGUGUAAAAAUGGAGAAACAAGGGCUGCCUUGCAAGUUCUAAGACGAAUUGAAGGGAAAUUGGUCAAGCCUACUGUGGUAAUAUACAACACAAUUAUUGAUAGUUUGUGUAAAGAUAAGCUUUUAAUAGAUGCUAAGGAUUUAUAUUCUGAAAUGAUUGCAAAGAAUAUUUCUCCUGAUGUUUUCACUUACACUUCUCUAAUAUAUGGAUUUUGCAUUGUUGGUCAAUUGAAAGAAGCAUUUGAUUUGUUCCAUGAAAUGCCAUUGAAAAACAUCAACCCAAGUGUUUAUACUUUUACUACACUGGUCGAUGCUCUAUGUAAAGAAGGAAAGGUGAAACAAGCUAAAAAUGUGAUAGCUGUGAUGAUGAAAGCAGGCGUGGAACCUGAUGUUGCUACAUACAGUUCAUUAAUGGAUGGGUAUUGCCUAAUCAAUGAAGUGAAUAAGGCCAAAGUUAUAUUCAACAGUAUGGCCCAAAGAGGAGUGAUGCCCGAUGUUAAUGGCUAUAAUGUCGUGAUUAAUGGGCUGUGUAAAAUUAAAAUGAUGGAUGAAGCCAUGAAUCUCUUCAAAGAAAUGCAAAACAAGAAGAUUAUUCCUGAUACAGUAACUUACAGUUCUCUUAUUGAUGGUUUGUGCAAAUCAGGGAGAAUCUCUCAUGCUUGGGAGCUUCUUGUUGAGAUGCAAGAUAGGGGUCAACCUGCCAAUGUAAUCACUUACAAUUCUUUAUUACAUGCUUUAUGUAAAAACCAUCAUGUUGAUAAGGCAAUUGCAUUGGUCAAGAAAAUUAAAGACAAAGGCAUUCAACCAGAUAUGCACACAUACAAUAUACUCAUGGAUGGACUUUGCAAACAAGGGAGAUUUCUGGACGCACAAGUGAUUUUUAAUGAUCUUUUGAUUAAAGGCUAUAAGGUAACAGUUUGGACAUAUAAUAUUAUGAUCAAUGGUCUUUGUCUAGAGGGCUUGCUUGAUGAAGCUGAGGCCCUGCUGUCAAAAAUGGAAGACAAUGGAUGCAUUCCUGAUGUUGUAACUUAUGAAACAAUUAUUCACUCAUUCUUUGAAAAUGAUAAGAAUGAAAUGGCAGAGAAACUUCUACGUGAAAUGAUUGCUAAAGGUCUAUUCUAAGAGAAAGACUAGUUAAGAUGAUUUCUUGCAACUUAUUAGGCUACUUUGAAUUUUGAUGACAAUGGUCUAAUCUUUGUUAUUCGUUUAAAUAUUUACUUAAUAGUUACAUAUACAAAGGAUGAUCGACCACACAAUGAUCAACAUAAAAACACAUGAAAUCAAAUAAAAACUAUGUUGAUUUUGCUAUUAUAAUGAUACAAUUGGUUGAUGUUAUUUUAUUCUUGACAUAAUCAUAUUUUUCUUUCCAAUGUACUGUUCAUUUUCUUCAUACAGUUGUAAGGAUUUGUUUCACUCAUUGGUCAUUCUUUGAGUUGCAAAUCACAAACUAAGCUGAAAUUAAUGUAAAUUUUGAAUGGGGUUUGUAAUGUUCGCUCU